UUUUUGUUGUUAUUCAUUUUUGCAAAUUAUUAUUAUAAUCAUAAUAGUCAGAUGGGAUUGCUGCUGUAAAUGUUCAAAUUCUCUCCAUUUGGAUAAUUUAAUUUGCUGGCAAGCUGGUCAACCUGUCGCCUUCGUGCAGUUUUGCUUUUAUGGAGGAGUUCAGACAAGCUGACCGAGCUCUGCUGGAGUCAAUGACAGGAGAUUUCGAAAUUGGUCAAAGUGCUCCCUCUCCUCCGGCUAAGCCAACUUGACACUCUCUGAAAGCCCUAAUAGACCAGAGGACUCUUCUAUUUAAAUAACAUUAUGGAUCGUUGUCCUGUCACUUCGACCGCUUUGAAGCCUGACGGUAAGGCACAUAGACGCUCCAACGUGCCGUCGCGUACAUCCCGAAGCAGGAGUAAAAGCAGAAAUCCCAGUCCAAGGAAGCAAAGUAGUAAGCAGACCACGACCAUGAUUUUGGAACAUCGAAAGUCGAAGGAAGAGCGCAGUCAAAGUCCACGAAGGAAAACUUCACUUGCUACCAUAGAACUUGAUCAGAAACUCGCAAGUACACGGACAUCAUCAAAGGAAACAAUUAGCUGCACUUCUCAAUCUUCUCGUCUCAACAAGUACAAAAUUCCUAAAAAGUCAACCGUGUUAGACAGUGCAAGCGAAUCUAGUGUUUCCAAAUCAGAUCAAACAGUAGAAGCGAUUCUCAAGGCAAAAAUGGUAAAAUCAGUUUCCACACCACAACCACAGCUUUCACUUAUAGCUUCCGAAUCACAGCCGAGUCUGCUAAACAAUAAGGAAAGGAAGGAAGCUAAUGUCAGGAUGGGCAACGUUAAAACGUUGGAGGAAAGAGAUUCUCAACGAAAGCAACGGCAGCCGCUGCAAGCCAAACGACGACUUGCUCAAAAUUCUGCAAGCAAUCUAAAAUGCAAAAGUGAAGAUGACAUCCUUCGCAUUCCGAAGAAGGGCGCAACCAACACCACGAAAGUUUUUGCUGAUUUACCCGAUUAUGAAGAUUCUCUGGACCAGGACGAUGACGAUGAGGGGACGGAUGCGGAUUUGAACAACCCAAUUCCUAAAAUUCUGAAAAUGGUGAAAGACGAUAAUAAUAAUGGCGUUGGAACGGAACCUCACGGACCAGUGGUAUCAGAAGUAACAGCAAUGGACGUGGAUAUUGAUGUACACAUGGAUUUGUCACCGCCACUUGCUUCUUCGAAAAUUAUUGUAGUUCCAGAUACCAAUAUCUGGAUUAAUAACUUGGGUCUAAUUGAGACCAUCGUGAAUAAAGACUUCGCCAAGCCCGUCAUCAUUGUAAUACCUUGGAUGGUUCUGCAAGAAUUAGAUGUUGGUCUACACCAGAAAGCAAAACCUGGACAAUCUUUAGCGCAAAUGAGAAGGCCUGUCCAAUACAUACAUUCUCUUCUGGCAAGCAAUCAUCCCAAAAUUAAGGGACAGAAGGCAUAUGAAGCAGCCAUUUCCAAACUCAAAUUUGAUGAAAUAGUUGCUGAUGACUCAAUUUUGAAUUGCGCAGUUCAAAAUUUAAAAAUCAAUACUACUGUGAUAUUCUUAUCAAAUGACAAAAACCUACUUAACAAAGCACUUGUAAAUGAAAUUAUUGCAUGCUCAAGUGGGAAUGCAAUGGACAAGAUUACUGAGGCCGUGCUAGGUUCUAAUCUUCAGCCAAGAACUCCAUGUCUUCCAUUUUCACCGCCAUCGUCAUUCUUAAUCCCCUCUGCCUCGACAAAUUCCGUACUGUAUCCCCCAAACUUGGCAGUCAAAAGACGUUUAGAGUCAUCCGACAGCAAUAGUAGCAACGACAGUUUGGACUAUAUUCUUGAUAAUAAUAAUGACGUUGAAAUGCAAGAGGAGGCUUCAGAUCCUAGUCAACCUUUAUGUAAGGUUAGAGCUGUCGGAAACACUUUCUCGUCAUCCUUCAAACCCGAAGAAGCUGAUUCUUUUCAAGCGUUGGAAAGUGCACUUUUAAAAGCAUUCAGCUACAUUAUUAGGAGAAAAAUGAUUGAAGAUUAUGGGAUGGGUGGAUGGGAAUAUGCACUCAAAAUUAAGCCUCCAUGGACUUUAGUGAAUGCCGUCAAAUGUAUGUUGGUACACUGGAUAGCCAACUUUUCAUAUGUGUUCUCUAGGAGGGGACAAACACAUUUGGAAAGUCUCAAGCCACUGGUUGAAAGUCACAAGUAUGCGCGAUCGGAUAGUCGCAAGCGCUUGGAAGAACGUAUCAUUGAUACCUGCAUCUCCCUCUUCAACUUUCUGCAUAAAGAUUUUGAAGAGGCAGAUACAAUUGUCGAAUGCAGACGCAUUUUACUGGAACUCUCUUUACCGGGCGCGAACAACUCAUUUGAUGUUACAAAUCAGAGCAAUCAAUUAUAAACUUAGAAUUAUUCGUCCUUGCAAGAGCUAUCUAGUCAUAGCCCGUUUACUACAAUUAUGACAAUUAAUAAUUACUUACGACUCAGCUAUACCGUGCCCGUCCAAGAAAAUAUAUACAAUAGACAUGUAUGCAUUUUGCAUACUACGAAAUGAAUGUUUCGUAUAUUUAUUUGAAAAAAUGUAUUUUUGUACUUUGCAGGCUUACAUAAAUGUUUUGUAUGCUA